UAAAUAUCUGAAAUUAACAAUUUUUAAAAUCCUAGAACCAUCACCGGAUAAGGGUGAUGCUUAAUAGUUAACCAGUGACAUCCCUAAUCCCAAUCAGAACAACUAAAGACAGGUUUCAUUUAUUGUCUCAGAAGUGAUAACUAUAAAAACAGGUAUAGCACUGGAAAAAAUGCUCCCACAGUGCCACAUCAUAGAAAAGUGCAGCCCUGUUAAAUAGCCUUCCUCCAUCUGGGGCAAUAGUUCUCAAUUUACAUUUGUGGGCAGCAUCCAAUACUACCUGUAUGGCUCAUUCAGGCUGUCACACAGGACACAGCUCCACACUGACUGGUCUGCAGGUUAAGAACCACUGAUCUAGGGGUUUGAUAGCUUAGGAAAAGUCAUCAGUAUCUGUAGCAAAAUCCUAAAAAUGUUGAAACUUAGAUGUAAAAUUCAGCGUCACUUUCAUGGGUGACAGAUAAGACCAUAGUAAUGCACAAAGUAAUGCAAGCUGUACCGGACCCUGAUCUUUGAAAAAGACUUUUGACUCUCAGGUGAGCUGAUGGCUGGCCCCUCCAACAGCACAAAGAAAGUAUGAGGCUGCUAACCUUUGCUAAUUUGAGCACAAGAGAAGACAAUCAUUUAUGGAUUACUUGGGGGGAGAGGUAGUCUCACAGCAAACAAACUAGCAAGCCAGCUAACCUCAUUAACAAGGGCCCUGUUCUCCGGGUGUAAGGUUGCUGCUGCACUCAACUCACUAUGAAGACCCAUUUCACUGACCCUGACUCCUGGCAGGAGCCCCACCACAGAUUCCACAUUCCAGAACAGUGGUGUGGUAAGUCUGGCACUCAAUCCUGCCACCAGAAAUAGAUUUGAUGUCCCAGCUCAAUGCUGGAAGGGAGUGGAGCUCUAUGUCACGUAUCCCCUGCAAGUAGCCCCUUGCCAACCUGAUGAGAAGGUGCCACCUAGAGUGUCCAGGUAUUCAGUUUCUGAGUGAAACACCCCGUCAAAAAGGGUCACAGGCAGCUCUGGUCAGAAAUGUCAAUGAAGCCCUUAAAAGUCACAGUGCUGUAGGGCUAAGGCAGGCUUGUCACCACCUGUGUUGGCACCAUGCUGUGCUCCAGAAGCAGCCAGCAGAUCUGGCUCUUAAGUACAGGAGCCACAGGGCACAGGCUCUGAGCAUUAGCUCUGCAUAAUAAUUGGUUGGUUCCUGGCCAAUGGGAGCUGGGGGGACACUGCCUGUGGGCCACAGUAAUACAUAGAACCUUCCUCCACCAUUUAGGCAUUGGACCUGUUGGCCACUUCCAGGGUACAGCAUAGUGCCAGGACAGGAGGCAACCAGCCUGCUGCCCUGCAGAACUAACGCGCAGGAGCCACCCCAGAGUCUGAAAGCAGAGAUGGACAAGAUACUAGAAGCGGUGAUGAUGUCUUCAUAUCCCAACAACGUGAAACAAGGGCUAGUGAGACGCGUCAUAGAAGCAAUAAAGCAGCCCAUGGACAGUGAGCAGUGCUGGUCCAUGCUAGAACUCUCCACCAAGCUCUAUCUCAUGGGUGACACCAAGUUUAAGAGAGAGAUUGGCAAAGAGAUUUUAGAAGUUUAUGGUCACUACCACCUGGAGGAGUUUGAGGAGUUCUUCAAUGUCCGAUUCCUCCUGAGUCUUCUCCAGGAAGGUUAUGGGCCUGCGGGGAAAAGGAGCUUUUAUGUGCUAGAUUACAUUCACUUGGGACUGCAGUUCAUCUUGGAGAGCCCAUCAGCUAGUGACAUUUUCAGCCUGUUGAGGAUUGAAGUGCUCCGCAAAGUCUGCGAGCGACCUGGGCCCAAGCAGUGUGUGAAGAUCUGUAAGCUCUUAUCCCAGCAUCCUCAGUGUGUCCCCACCGGCAAGCACCAGAUUUUGUUUUGCCAGCAGCUAAUACGGUGCAUUGGGCAGUUCCAGUGCAUCUCGGAGGGAGAAGAUGACAUCAUGGAGUUUCUGGACCAUGUGAACAAAGUGAGCGGAUUGCUGCAGAAGAUCUGGAAAGCUCAGACUAAUUCUAUUCUACCAUCCCUGAAGGAGCUUUUUACGAUCAUUUCUUCGACAGAGGAGCAGGAAACCCCCUCGAAUGCCUUGGCCAGCGUGGUUCAGUAUGUUCCACUGGAGCUCAUGGACGGUGUCAUAAGAAACUUAACCAACGAUGACAGCAUAACGGAUGUGCAGAUGAUGAUGGCCAUCAGUAGGAUGAUUGACUGGGUCUCUUGGCCCCUAGGGAAGAACAUAGACAAAUGGAUCAUUGCGCUACUGAAGGGUUUGGCUGCAGUGAAAAAGUUCAGCAUCUUGAUUGAAGUCACUCUUCUGAAAAUUGAAAAGGUCUUUUCCAAGUUGCUGUACCCCAUUGUGAGGGAGGGAGCACUGUCCGUUCUGCUGUACAUGCUGCUGAGUUUCCAGCACUCCCACGAAGCAUUCCACUUGCUUCUUCCCCACAUUCCCAGACUGGUGACCUCUCUGAACAAGGAAGACUCCAACUCAGCCACAUGCUGCCUGGAACAGCUGGCUGAGCUGAUCCACUGUAUGUUCUUCCGGUUUUCAGGAUUUCCAGAUCUCUAUGAGCCGGUUAUGGAAGCAAUUCAAGCUCUUCCAAUUCCAAAUGAGGAUCGAAUUAAACAUUUACUGGGACAAAAUGCUUGGACCUCCCAGAAGAAUGAGCUGGCCUGUUUCUACCCACGUCUAGCUUCCAAAUCUGACACAGGGAAGAUUGGGUUAAUUAACCUGGGUAACACCUGCUACAUGAACAGCAUCAUUCAGGCUCUUUUCAUGGCCUCAGAUUUUAGGCAUUCAGUGCUGAAUUUAACCGAAAGCAAUUCUCAACCCUUGAUGACAAAGCUCCAGUGGCUCUUUGCAUUUCUGGAGCACAGUCAGCGACCUGCGAUCUCACCGGAAAGCUUCCUCUCUGCAUCCUGGCCUCCUUGGUUUAGCCCGGGAGCUCAGCAGGAUUGUUCCGAAUACCUGAAAUACCUGCUGGAUCGGCUACACGAAGAAGAGAAAACUGGAAAAAGAAUUUAUCAAAAGCUCAAAGAGUCCAACUUGAUGUCUCAGGCUGAGGAGCACCACUACUUAAACAAGACAUUAAUUGAGAAAAUGUUUGGGGGUAAGAUGACGACAAAAAUCCGCUGCCUGAAGUGCCUGAAUGUCUCCUCCCGAGAAGAAGCCUUCACAGACCUGUCCUUGGCUUUCCCCCCAUCCAACAGACACAUGCAUAGGCAGAGCCAUGCAACAGUUUUACCAGUGGAAGAAAUUGGUCCACAGAUAAUUGAGCCAUCCAUACAGCCACAGAAUCAGGUAGUAGAAUCUCCAAGGAGGCAAAGGAAGCAUCCUGUGUCUGGAGAACAUCCCAUCCAUCUCUUGCCAGUAGAAACAGUAGGGUUCCAGAAACCAGAGGGAGAAGAGACUCCUUUCAGCUUGACACCCAACAGAGAUCCCAUCCAUGCAGAGGCAGUGAAAGACCCGCUGCUGGCUUUUGGAGAGCAGACCUGUGGCUCCGACUCCUCCAGAUCUGUUCCAGAUUUGAUCAACUAUUUCUUAUCACCAGAGGUGCUGACGUCCGAGAAUAAAUAUCACUGUGAGAAGUGCGCUUCCCUGCAAGAUGCGGAGAAAGUGGCUGAGCUGACAGAGGGGCCGCACUACCUCAUCCUAACCCUUCUUAGGUUCUCCUUCGACCUGAGGACCAUGAGGAGGAAGAAGAUCCUGGAUAAUGUCUCAAUUCCACUGGUGCUGAAGUUGCCAGUCCUGGUUGCUUCGGAGGAAUCAGGUGAAGUUUGCCAGAACAGGAAAGACAGGGCCGCCUCAUGCAGUGGAUUUGUGUCCAUGGUGUAUGAUCUCUGUAGUGUGGUGGUCCAUUCCGGUGUCUCCUCAGAGAGUGGCCACUACUAUUGCUAUGCCAGAGAGUGUGCCAGCACUAGUGCCAGAAGCCAGCCAAGUGAUGGGGCACAGGAAAGUGCCUCAGACAAGCAAUUGGACUUUGAAAUCCAGUGGUACCUCUUCAACGACACCAGGGUGUCCUUUUCCUCCUUCGAAUCAGUCAGCAAUGUGACGUCUUUCUUCCCCAAAGACACUGCCUAUGUGCUCUUCUACAGGCAACGGCCAGGCAAGCAGAGCUGUGCUGUGCACAAGGCUAGUUCCGAGGCGGUCCGGCUGCACGGCGAGCCUUCUCCCAGUAAAGACUUGAUGGAAGCCAUUUCCAAAGAUAACAUCCUGUAUUUGCAGGAGCAAGAAAAGGAAGCAAGGAACAGAGCAGCCUACAUUUCAACCUUGCCCAAAUCCCCUCUAUGGUGGAGAGAUUUUGACAGGGACAAGGAUGACGAAGGCUCUUCUGGGGGCUGCGGUCCAGCUGCUGGAGGCGGAGGCUCAGGCUCAUUUCAUGGGCUGGUCUUCUAAAGGUGCCACUGAACACAAGCUCUGACUGACUAUAACCAACAAGCCCUCAUUUCUAACGGAGCUGCAGGGCUCAUAGAGGACAGAAUCUCCUCUCAUUUCCUUUGAAGUCAGUGUUACCAGGGGCAGGAGCUUGGCCCUGAAUCCUGGCUAAGUGAAAGGUCUCGCUGCUGAUGCAGGGAACGCAUUGCUGGCGGGGGUUAAAUCACUAUCCUAUGGAGAUUCCCACUGCUUUCUAUGCACUUGGUUUGAACGCCUUAAAAUAAUAUUACUAGCUGCUAAGCUCUGCGGAGACAAGAUACGGGUGGAGAACUGAGAGAAGUGCCACUUUGCUUAACUGUCGCAUUAUUUUGCCUGCUGGGUGAACUGUUGAUCAAGACGGGGGCAGAGAGAGGUGCCAGGAAACAGGACUUUUUUGGACGAGACGAAGUGCAGUGCCAGUGGCCCAAAUGAGGAGCCCAAAUCUUCCACACACAAAUGGGGUCUAUGGUCUAGAUUUUCCAGAAGGGGCUAGUGAUUUUCAGAUGCCUCAGGCUUUGGAUUCUCAGCUUGCCAUACACCAAAGGGGUCUGAUUUCCAGAAAGUAUUGAGUACCUGGUGUCACGGGUCCGUACUCGUAAUUUAUGCAAAUUACACCCUUUAUUUAGUUAUACAUUUCCCCACACCCAAUUCCCGCAUAGUCCAGAGCCAAAAUGCUGGCAGAUCACCCCGGGUCCAGCCGAUCGCCGUGACUGGGCCCUGUGGGUCGCCUUCGGAUGGCGGAGAGGGAGGCCCGGGCCCACGCACUCUCCCAGGCCCUGGCCCAGGGCCCUGACACAGGGAGCUAAACUCCCUACUGUAGCAAACGGGGGUGUUGCCCCUAAACACGUUUGCUCGCGGGUUCCAUGACCCCACCCUGGGCCACUGCUCAGCUCCGCCCCCCAGACUCAGGUCUCGGGUAUCUAGCGCGCUCGUUGCGCCCCCUGCUCUUGGGUUCCCCCGAACCUCCUCCUCUUGUGUCUCCCUCUCCCCACACCGCUGCUCCUGCUCCUCAUCCUCCCCUUCUGCCCAGCCGUCCUUCUUUUAUGACCCGACAUGGGCUCCCUCAGGUGAUGUUCACUCCCUCCUCGGCCUUAACCCCUCCCCUACGGGAUUUUCUCGGCGCCCGGCUGACGUCACACGCCCAGAGGGUGUGACGUCAUCCUCCUGUGCCGGGCCCAGGAUGGCUUGCAGGGUCCAUGCUCCCUGCGCGGCUCCUCCUCCUUCCCCAUCUGGCGUCUCCGGAGCCGGGCCCGCCGCCUUCCCUGCGGCACGGACGCAGGCGCUUUCGCUGGUGCGGGG